AUGAGCGCCGCGAGUGCACCGUACGCGCUAUUUAGAACGAUUCUAAUGAUCGGUUUGCUGAUCGGUGCGAAACAUUGCUCCGGGCAGCUGCGUCGAUCGGAAAGUGCUGAAGUAGGUCGACGGGUGCAAAACUAUGACGCCCGGUAUCAGCAACAGCCGGCACAUGAGCUUGGCUUCGGGUACUACUACCAGGGCGACAUCAUGCUGCCAACGGAGCCGCAGAGCCAGGACCGACUGUCGAUCGCCGAGGAGCAUACGUCCACCGUUUGGCCGAACGGGAUCGUGCCGUACUACAUCCCACCCGGUGAAUUCAACCCGCGAGAGAUAAACAUCAUCGAAAGGUCCAUGAACGUGUUCCACACCAAAACGUGCGUCAGGUUCGUUCCACGGACACCGGACACUCGCUACUAUGUGCAGAUAACUAAUCGCAAGGCUGGCUGCUACGCCACGAUCGGACGCGUCGUGGACAACAGACAGAAUGUGAUGAACCUCCAGUCACCCGGCUGUCUGUCGGGUGGCACACCCAUGCACGAGAUGAUGCACAUUCUGGGCUAUCUGCACGAGGUGAGCCGUCCCGAUCGGGACGACUACAUCUACGUUAACCGCAGUGCUCUCGAGCCAAGGUAUCAAUCGGACUCAUUCUACCAAACCAACUUUGCGAAGUUCGAGCGAGAUGUUGAAACGUACAACAUCGACUACAACUAUGGAAGCAUCAUGCACUAUACGCGGUAUGCGGGCGCAAGGGAUCGCAAAUACCCGGUGUUGAUGCAUUUGAAACCGUACGACGAACCAGACUUUGGCAACAAUACGCUGAGCCCAUCCGACAUCGAAAGCAUCCAGUUCCGGUACUGUCGAAACGCGACCGGUCUCUUCUGGUUGCAACCAUUCCAACAAUUUACCUCUGCAUUCCUCGGUGUACGAUCGUCCCGCUCCAGAGGAUAA